AUGCAUACCAUCACCAACCCCUCACGAGGAAAGCAUAAACCAUCUCAUCUUCGUCAUGCCCUCUCGCAAGAUCCAUGUCAAAAUUAUCAGAAAGGUUACAGAGCUUCACAUGUACCAGCACAGCAAACCAUGCGAGAUGCAAUGGCUUUCACUUGUAAAAGACAGUUUUGAACCGCUUAUAUAAGUGAUGAAGUACCUAUCCUAUGUAUGAUCUCGCGCUUCGCUUGUCUACAUUGUUCUUCUCGAUCUAUUCUCCAUAUCCCUUCUGCUAGUCGGGGAUGUCGCCAGAUAUGUCUCUCUAUCACAGCUCGACCAAGCAGAAACCCGGCCAUUCUUCUCUAGGAAGUUCGUGCAGAUCAGUGGCUAUUUCAGGACUGCUUUUGCUCCUGCUGUGCACAUUGUCCUUUAGCUACCACUGGAGCCAAUCUCUGAUUGCCUUUUACCUACCCUUCAGGCUCAGCUGUCUGUCGUCCGGCCCCGGCCCCGGCCCAUGCCCCAGCACUGGCACUCCUACUAACGUCAACCACCUCGUGUUUGGCAUAGUUGGCUCUGUGAAUACAUGGAAACAUAAGAGGCCCUACAUUGAAUCGUGGUGGAGACCAAAUGUUACUCGCGGGUAUCUCUUCCUGGAUCGAGCUCCUUCGAAAGAGCUUCAAGACUGGCCUCCUUCUUCGCCUCCUUUCCGAGUGAACGAAGAUAUAACUAAGUGGGAAGUAUACCCGAGAAUCGCGAGACCUGUCCAGGUAAGGAUUUUUCGAACGAUCUUGGAGACGUUUAGACAGGGAGACAGAGAUGUGAGAUGGUAUAUAAUGGCGGACGACGACACCGUGCUCUUCCUGGACAACCUCGUGGAGGUUCUGUCAAAGUAUGAUCAUACCAAGUACUACUAUAUCGGCUCAACCUCAGAAUGUAUCACGUCCAACUUUGACUUGUCCUUCGAGAUGGCCUUUGGAGGAGCUGGCUAUGCUUUGAGCUACCCUCUGGUUGAGAUGCUGGCGACGGAGUUAGAUGCUUGCAUAAAGAGAAAUCCACAGUUGUUUUUUAGCGAUCACAUGUUGCAUAUAUGCUUAGCCGACCUUGGAGUCUCCCUGACCAGAGAGAGAGGCUUUCAUCAGAUUGAUCUCCACGGUGACAUAUCAGGUUUUCUAUCGGCUCAUCUGCAAUCUCCUAUCCUAUCACUGCACCACAUCGAUGUCAUCGACCCAAUUUUCCCCUCCAUGAACCGCUCUGAAGCUAUCAAUCAGCUCAUGAAGCCUGCACAGGUCGACCAAUCCCGUCUCCUGCAACAAACUGUCUGCUACAACAGGGAAAGAAACUGGUCAAUCUCUGUAUCAUGGGGUUACUCUACUCAUAUAUAUGAGAACAUACUUCCUCGAAGCUUCUUAGGGAAACCCAUUGAGACAUUCAAGCCAUGGUUGAAGAGAGCUAAGCCACCUUUCUAUUUGUUCAACACGCGGAUCCUCGAUGGCAACCCAUGCAUAGUUCCUCAUGUAUUUUUCUUGAAAUCCAUGGAGAAUGCUACUCGUAACGAAAUUGUUACUGCUUACACUCGAGCGUCAAAGAGAGGAUUACCCGCUUGUGCACUUGGUGGAAAUCAUUCUGCAGAUCCCAUCUCCAGAGUUCUAGUAUUUUCACCAAGAAGAAGACACAUUGAGGCCGGAAGAAUAGAGUGCUGUGAUGUUCUAGCUGACAACCAGAAUACCACAAAGGUCAGACUAAGGCCCUGCAUGUUCGGUGAAGUCAUUGCCUAAGAGCAGAACGACAUGAAUGUGUCAUGUCGGUUUCUACAUGUUUUUCACAUUGAUGAUAUCGCCGAUCUUAGGAUCAAUACUAAAUUCAUUCAUCCAUUUCAAAGCCGCAAAAGUUGGUAGGUUGUGGAGUUGAUAAAGAUGCAAUGGUCCCCCUCAGGAGAGAAAUUGCUGUCAAAGAACAAAACUAGAGUGGGAGAAUAUCCAAAAUGUUUGUGUUCAUGUUGAUAACG